ACCAUCCAGCCGUGGUGCGCAGGCGCAGUGCGUGCACUUCUCGAUCCUCGGAAAAAGAAGCCGGAAUAGUCAAAAUGGAGUGGCAGCCUGACCCGGCUGGUCUUCAACAGAUUCUACAGCUUCUCAAGGAGUCCCAGUCCCCAGAUACGGAGACACAGCGUGCCGUACAACAAAAAUUAGAAUCGUUAAAUCAGUAUCCAGACUUCAAUAACUACCUGAUCUACGUGCUGACGAAGCUGAAAUCCGAAGAUGAGCCCACCCGAUCGUUGAGUGGACUGAUCCUUAAGAACAAUGUGAAGGCACAUUACACCAACUUUCCUGCUCAAGUCACUGACUUUGUGAAGAAAGAAUGUCUCGCCAACAUCGGCGACCCGUCUCCUCUGAUCCGUGCAACGAUAGGAAUCCUGAUCACCACGAUAGCGUCAAAGGGUGAGCUGCAGAACUGGCCGGAGCUCCUGCCACACCUCUGCUCCUUACUGGACUCCAACGACUACAACACCUGUGAGGGUGCAUUUGGAGCGCUGCAGAAGGUAUGUGAGGACUCAGCAGAACUGCUGGACUGUGACGCCCUGAACCGACCCCUCAACACCAUGAUCCCCAAGUUCCUACAGUACUUCAAACACACAAGCGCCAAAAUCAGGUCCCAUGCAAUAGCUUGUGUAAACCAGUUCAUCAUUAGCAGAACCCAGGCACUGAUGGUUCACAUUGACGUUUUUAUUGAGAACCUGUUUGCCCUAGCGAAUGAUGAGGACCCAGAGGUGAGGAAGAACGUGUGCCGAGCUCUGGUGAUGUUACAGGAAGUGCGCAUGGACAGGUUAAUCCCCCACAUGCACAACAUCGUCGAGUACAUGCUGCUGCGAACCCAGGACGGUGACGAGACGGUAGCUCUGGAGGCGUGUGAGUUCUGGCUCACGCUAGCGGAGCAGCCCAUCUGCAAGGAGGUCCUCUCCGGGUAUCUGGACAGAGUUAUUCCUGUUCUAGUCAAUAAUACACGGUAUUCGGAAAUUGACAUCAUUUUGCUGAAGGGUGAUGUUGAGGAGGACGAACAGAUUCCUGACAGAGAGGAGGACAUCCGCCCCCGCUUCCACAAAGCCAAGACUCACACCACGUCCGAGGAGCAGGAUGGACAGGAGAGCUCAGACCUAGAUGAUGAUGAUGAUGGACAGGAGAGCUCAGACCUAGAUGAUGAUGAUGCAUUGUCUGACUGGAACCUAAGAAAGUGUUCAGCGGCGGCGCUGGAUGUGUUAGCUAACGUGUUCCGGGACGACCUGUUGCCAAACUUGUUACCCAUCCUGAAGGAGACCCUGUUCCACCCUGACUGGGAGGCCAAGGAGUCCGGGAUCCUGGUGCUGGGGGCCAUCGCUGAAGGUUGCAUGAACGGUAUGGUCCAACACUUGCCUGACCUGGUGCCGUUCCUCAUCAAGUCCCUGUCGGAGAAGAAGGCGCUUGUUCGCUCCAUCACGUGCUGGACGCUGAGCCGCUACGCCCACUGGAUCGUCCAGCAGCAACACGAGCUGUACCUGAAGCCACUCAUGACUGAACUGUUGAAGAGAGUCCUGGAUACCAAUAAGAGAGUACAGGAGGCUGCGUGCAGUGCAUUUGCUACGUUGGAGGAAGAGGCGUGUACAGAACUGGUUCCGUACCUGGGGUACAUAUUGGAGACACUGGUGUAUGCCUUCAAUAAGUAUCAGCACAAAAACCUGCUCAUUCUGUACGAUGCCAUCGGAACCUUGGCAGACUCUGUUGGAAACCACCUAAACAAAGCGGAAUACAUCAAUAUGCUCAUGCCACCACUAAUUGCCAAAUGGAACUCUUUAAGAGAUGAAGACAAAGACCUUUUCCCUUUGCUGGAGUGUCUGUCGUCGGUAGCCACAGCCCUACAGUCUGGUUUCCUGCCAUACUCAGAGCCAGUCUACCAGCGCUGUGUCAACCUGGUACAGCAAAACCUCCAGCAAAGUAUGGCUGCCUUGGCCCAGCCAGACCAGUUUGAACCGCCUGACAAGGACUUCAUGAUCGUGGCCCUGGACCUGCUGAGUGGGCUGGCAGAGGGGCUGAACGAACAGAUAGAACCUCUGGUCAGCAGUAGCAACAUCCUGACUCUACUGUUCCAGUGUAUGCAGGACAAAAUGCCAGAAGUUCGACAGAGUUCCUUUGCCCUACUCGGGGACCUAACAAAAGCCUGCUUCCAGCAUGUCAAGCCCUGUAUUGCCGAUUUCAUGCCCAUCCUGGGAGCAAACCUUAACCCUGAGUUCAUAUCUGUGUGCAAUAAUGCCACCUGGGCUAUCGGAGAGAUCUCCAUACAGAUGGGUGCGGAUAUGCAACCAUAUGUUGCAUUAGUAUUGAACCAAUUAGUUGAUAUAAUCAACCGUCCAGGAACCCCCAAGACCUUGCUAGAAAACACAGCCAUAACAAUUGGCCGUCUUGGUUACGUAUGUCCGCAAGAAGUGGCCCCUAUGUUACAGCAGUUUAUAAGACCGUGGUGCACGUCACUACGGAACAUUCGUGACAACGAGGAGAAGGAUUCAGCAUUCCGUGGAAUCUGUAGUAUGAUCCAUGUCAACCCUGGUGGGGUGGUGCAGGAUUUCAUAUUCUUCUGUGAUGCAGUCGCCUCCUGGGUAAAUCCUAAAGAAGACCUGAAAGAAAUGUUCUUCCGGAUCUUGCACGGGUUCAAGAACCAGGUUGGUGAAGAGAACUGGCGGCGCUUCUCAGACCAGUUUCCCCUGCCCCUGAAGGAGAGGCUGUCCACCCAGUAUGGAGUAUAGGAGUCACCAGCAGCUCAACAAGGUACAGAAGGAAGACAGCAGUCUUAAGUGUGAGAAAGGAGCAGGCUUACGAUGUGGCUAACCCUGAGCCAUGGGACUACAUCUGUUCAACUUAAACAUGCCAUACAAGUCAGAUCCUGCUCACCAAUGGGGGAUUGACAGGAUGGUGUGUGUGUGUAUGCGGGAUAAAACACUUACCAUGUAGGAAUGUGUAGCAAGAUUGGUAUUGAGAACACAGGAGAAAAGGAGGACUUAGGUCCAUGCGCAGAAGUUGCCAUGUAACAAAAAGAGCAGUGGCUCUUAUAAAGCUGGGGAACAUGUGUACUUUUUGACAGUUCGAAAUAAGCAUGGCAAAGUUUGGGCCAGACUCUACUUCACCACUUCCAUGUUUUAUACUGUACAUCUACCAAUUAUACCAUCGACUAUGAAAAAGCUUACCCACCAGCAGUACUUAAUUUUCAUAUCCUUUUUAUUCUAUCUACUACACCAAAGUUGUAUGGCACUUAAACCUUUCUGAUUUCAGUGUGGCUAUGGAACAACCAUGCUCCUAGGCCUAAACUUUUCCAUCCAAAACUGCAACUGAUCUUUCAAAAGUACACCUGUUUCUCUUGUACUAUUCUUCUAUUGACACUUUUUGAGUCACACAGAAUGAAAAAGAGGUACCCAAGUUUUGAUAUGAACUGUUUUGUAGGCUGGAUGGCUGAGAGAGAUAUCCAUUGAGGUUGAAUCUUAUUUGUAUGGCAGACAUCUAUAUUGGAGGUUGCAGAUUUUUGACACUUCAUGUGUAUUAAACUGCACCUUCGUAUCUUUCUAAUCUUAAAAUUAGCAUAAUGUGAGAGUCUUCUUCUGGUCCAGAAUAACGCGUGCAUGUUCCCAAAUGAAAAGUAUUUUUUAAUUAGCAAACAUACAAGUCUAAGCUAUAAGUAAUGUGAAGUAUUGUAAGUCCAUUCUUUAAGUAAGUUUAACUUAAUAAAUGAACAGUAAGAUAUUUCUCUUUGGCUGAUAGGCAGUACAGUAAGGGCUUUCAUCUGAACACAGGUGCCAUAAUGGCAUUUUUAAGUGUAGGUAAUCUAUUAUGAUAGUACGAAAAGCAAGGAGAAAAAAAAGAGCAGGUUGGAAUCUGAAUUAGUCCUCAGGCUUAUUAGAUAACCAGGCUCUUAUUUUUACUGGCUUUUCCGUUAAUGCUCGGUAGAAUAAUGGUAGGAUAAAUACAAAUACUUUUCAUUUGUGUAAGAUUUUUUUGGACCAGAAGAAGACUUUCAGUUCUAAUCAAAGAAUUCCAGCUUACCUGGAUAGCGGUAUCAAUUCUCUACUCUAAGCAAGUGGUGUCCAUAGGCUUACGAUAAAUGAGUAUAUGGUAUUGCACAACUUUAUGCUGAAGUACUUUUAACUGGAUAUGCAGGAUAGUCUUAAUAUUGUGUAUUAGAAUAAGGUACCUCUGUGCAUGGAUGUGUAUGUACAUUGAUACCCCCAGUACAGUGGAAAGUAUUACAGUACCAGCCAAGGCAUAACUUGGCCCAUAACUUUGUGUGUUGGUAUAGCUAAUACUACUACAACAGCAUGCACAGUAAAACCAGUGACUUGUAAGUGGAUAGCUUAAGUAUGGACAACCUGUAAGUCCAUUGGUACGUUAAGCUAAGACAUAGUUUUGGGAGGUAAGAUAAGAACUAGGGGAGGUUGAGCCAUUAUGGCCAGGAUAGGGUAAGUCAGUGUAAUGCUGAGAUGGUAAGGUAAGCUACACUUAAGUCUGUUAAGUUGGGUACAUCAGGGUUGGGAGUUAAGACCUGGGGGGACUCCUUGUAAUGGUGGUCCUUAAUCAUAGUGCUUUGGCAUCCAUCCAUUCAUUCAUUCAUUCAUUCACUCACUCAUUUCCAAGCCUCAUCGGAAAGCAUCUCCCAUAUGUUUUUUUUUAGUUGUACACUUCAACUUUCUUGUGUUUUUUCCUCCUCUUUCGUGUCUCAAAGACGUUGUCUGCCUGCCUUCGUGCACGCUACACACUUGUCUCUUUGUUUUGUUGCAUAUCGCUGGUGUAGCCAGGGCAUGUCACCCUUCCUACUGUCCCUCUGACAGUCCUGUACUGUAGUAUGUGUUCUUGGUCACAGUGAUCCCACCUUUUCUAUUCCGUGGCCCUUCCUGUUGAAAUCCUGGCUAUACCGGUGUGUUUGUCUCCAUGGAGUGUACCUACUCCAUGGUUGUGUACUGUGUGCAAUGUAAAAUGCUGCAUACAGAAGUUUAGGUGUUUAACCACUGAACAUGUAAGAAAAAAAACAUUGGUGCUACCGGCAAUGUCGUCUCACUAUCACAUAUGGUAUCCAUAGUAAUUCUCCAUUUGCGUUUAAGGAAAAAAAAGGAACAAAACUGUCCACUGAGGCAACAGUGCUUUUAGUAGGCCUCUUUUACUAACUGUAUGUCUGUUUUCGAGAUGUUUUUUUCGCAUAUGUUUAAUCACUAACAAGGAUAAGGAUUGUGGAUCAGCAACAACUAACAUAUGCUUUUCACUGACCACUCCCUAACAGGCAAGUCUUGGGCAAAAGUGCAUAGUGAUGACAUCCAGUGCAAAGGAUAUGAACUUGUUGAAGAGUUUGUCUUGCCACUAAUUUCUGUCAUUCCCAGAUGCAAUGAGAAGUUGAUUUAUGAUUUUUUUUCUGACACAUUCUUCAUGCAUGGCAGUGUACUUCAAACCAACGUGUUAAUGUGCAAUGGUAUGUACGGUUAGACGUGUACUUAAUGUUUCCAGGAGCCUGCCUCUGCUUGCUACCUCGUUGGUCCCACCUUGAAAUUUUCCAAGCUGGCAUGUUCGCUGUCUUAGGAUGUUAGGCUUGAAGUCAGUAGUGUGUUACUGUAGCUGUUGUCAGAAUGGAUCUGCUGCAGGGCCUAUGGCCUGUCCCAGAUGCCCAAAAAUGUAUAGUUUGUAGUUCAGGGUACUAAAGCUGCAUGUGAAAAAAAAAAUUAGUAUCAGAACUGACCACUGGAGUAGUAUAAUUGUCUGACAUUUUAGCAGUGUUAACCUCUCCAGUUUCCCCACAUUAAGUCAGCUGGAAAAUGUUUUCAUUUGACAGCCAGCCAGUUCUAACAUUCCUCUCAGAAUGAAUGAAAACUGAGGCUCACAGGAGCUGCUUCCUAGCUUGUACCCACUCCACAUUAGUUCUUGUGCAAGGAUUUGUUCAUUAUUUCAUACAAAAUCGAAAGGGAACAUUUCUCAUAUAGCAUCUUUGGACCAUGGGAACUUUUCAUUAUAGCAGGAUCAGUACUAAUCCAUGACUAACACUAAUCCACAAGUCUGGUACGUAGAGCUCAGUAACUUUUAGCUCUGACAUGGACAAAUUGUUUUGUAUCCUGUGCAUGUUAUUUGUGACGCAUGAAUACAGUCUGUACGGACGGAAGACUCACCUGAAGUCAUAGCCUGUCCUUAAACCUAGCAUGAAGGGAAAUGAUGUCUUAUGGACUGUCCUACCCACUGCAGAGAUGAAAACUGGAAAUGUAAAAUCUGAGGAACUGACACAAUGCACGAUAAACCAGUGGAUAAUGCAGACCAUGAGAACCUAUGUGAACGGGCGGGAUGUGUUUUGGAGUUCCUGAAGUGCGAUACGAAAUUGAUGGUUUUGGUAGCAGUCCCUGCAGCAGCUUCAUGUGACUGGGACAUAGCAAUCCUGACCCACCAAAUCCACUUCAGUCUUCCAUGUGUGUGUGUGUGUGUACGAGUGUGUGUGCAUGCGUGUGUAUGUAUGUAUGCAUGGGUUGCUUUGUGACUGACUAUGGGACCAAGUUUUGUGUGAUUGGCCAGUCUUGAGCAUGAUCGCAGUGGGCUUUGCUAGCAUGUUCAACAAGCAAUAAGGUCUGUCGCUUGUCUGAGGAAAAUGAUGUUCGACUUGAUAGAAACACGAUGCAGUUGUUGAAUGUUGGACAUAUUAAAGCUCCUCUGCCGUACUUGUGAUCAAGAUUAACUAAAGGGGAUUCCGGCAGAAAGCUGCGGAGGAUCGCCUCUAUUUUUGUAUGUUGGUUGUUGCAGCUUGUUGCAACCGUAUAAACUCAGCUGGUCUGCAAGUUUUGUAUAAAUUUUGUUCUCCUUCCAAAAAAUUCUUUUUCUCACCUCUUUCCCUCCCUCUUUCUAUUCUCUUCCCAGAUGCUUGAGUAUUUUUGUCAAGUUGUCCACAUUUGUAUGAAACCUGGGGCCACCAAAGUUUUAGAAGUAAGAUUAAUAUAUAAUAAGAAGUUGAUUAUUGUGAUAAGGUAUUUUGUAACGGUAAAGUUGUAAAAUAGAGUAUGAAUAGUAUGUUUAUGUACAAUGUACAUUAAAUAGGAUGUUAAAAGUAAGAAAUAAACCAUUUUAGAGUA